CCCUUGUUUCUGCACGAUCGUGCUCAAUUCCAAUGCACACAUCGAGCGGAGCAUAAGCUUUCUCCAGCCACGCCGAUAAUUCGCUCAGGGACAUUACUACAAUAUUACUACUACCAAGGAUAUUUUUUUUCGGGAAUAACACUUUAUCGUAUAAACGGGUAGGCUAAACUACAGACAUAGCUGGACUGCAUUAUGGUAUUAAUACAAGAAGUGUGGAAAUAUCAAACGUCUUGACUUCAAAAAGUAUUUGGAUUAUUCCCGACGGACCCCGUGAAACGGAUUUACAUUUCCCUGCGUAAUCAUAAUAGCAAACAUCAUCGGGGAUAUUUACUGAAUGGUUGUUGGGAUUGCCAAAUGCGAAGUUUACGGUUUGGACAACGUUUGCCCUUUCCCGUUUCUUGCAUAAACCCAUUAAAAAUUAUUGAAAAGGAGAGGGCUCCUAGAUUGCACAAAGCUUCUCAUACCUCCUUCAUAUUGAUAUUUGUCUUGUUGGUUUUAAUGAGGUAACUCUGGGUUUGGGUGCCAGACGCGGUUAGACUGGGUGCGUGGAGCUUCGGAACACCGGAUUGUAUUCCUCCCUCCCGCUCUCCCCUUGGUUUAUUUCAUGUCCGGACUGACCGCUUUAUGACAAUGGAUUACUUUCUGGGUUUAUGCAGCCUCUUGCUUGCCAUGGCGUCAGCUGUUGAAGAAACAUUAAUGGACACCAAGUGGGCCACAACAGAACUAGCCUGGACCGCACAUCCUGAAACUGGGUGGGAGGAGGUGAGCGGCUACGACGAUGCAAUGAACCCCAUCCGGACGUACCAGGUGUGCAACGUGCGGGAGAGCAAUCAGAACAACUGGCUGCGCAGUGACUUCAUCCCACGCAAAGAUGUCCUCCGAGUCUACGUGGAGAUGAAGUUCACAGUGCGCGACUGCAACAGCAUCCCCAACAUCCCCGGCUCCUGCAAGGAGACCUUCAACCUUUUCUACUAUGAGUCCGACUCAGACUCGGCCACGGAGACAAGUCCAUUCUGGAUGGAGAACCCCUAUGUGAAGGUGGACACCAUCGCACCCGAUGAGAGUUUCUCCAUGUUGGAGUCGGGAAGGGUGAACACAAAAGUGCGGAGCUUCGGACCUCUAUCCAAGGUUGGGUUUUACCUGGCAUUCCAGGACCUGGGGGCUUGUAUGUCAUUGAUAUCUGUCCGGGUCUUCUAUAAGAAGUGCUCAACCACCAUUGCGAACUUCGCCGUGUUCCCCGAGACGGCCACAGGGGCCGAGGCCACGUCGCUGGUCAUCGCGCCAGGGACAUGCGUCUCUAACGCACUCGAGGUGUCUGUGCCUCUCAAGCUGUACUGCAAUGGGGACGGCGAGUGGAUGGUUCCUGUUGGCUCGUGCACCUGUGCAAAUGGGUUUGAGCCCGCCAUGAAGGACACCCAGUGUCAGGCUUGCAGCCCGGGCACGUUCAAAUCCAAGCAGGGUGAGGGCUUCUGUACUCCCUGCCCACCAAACAGCCGGACCAGCUCUGGAGCAGCUAGCUUGUGCUCCUGCAGAAACGGCUACUACCGCUCAGACACAGACUCACCUGACAAUGCCUGCACCACCAUCCCCUCUGCACCGCGCAGCGUCAUCUCCAACGUCAAUGAGACCUCCCUGGUCCUGGAGUGGAGCGAGCCGCGCGACUCUGGCGGUCGAGGUGACAUCUUCUACAACAUCAUCUGCAAAAAGUGCCUGCCUGAGCGUGGCAUGUGCUCGCGCUGCGACGACAACGUGGACAUCUCGCCGCGCCACCUGGGCCUGACGCAACGUCGUGUGGCGGUCCGCAACCUGCAGGCACACACCCAGUACAGCUUUGAGAUCCAGGCCGUCAACGGCGUGUCGAAUAAGAGCCCAUACACUCCGCAGUUCUCCGCCGUCAACAUCACCACCAACCAGGCCGCUCCAUCUGCAGUACCCACAGUUCACCUAAUGGGGGCCACAGCGAGCACCAUGAGUCUUUCCUGGCUGCCCCCUGAAAAACCCAAUGGAAUUAUUCUGGAUUACGAGAUUAAGUACCAUGAGAAGGACCAGGGUGAGGCCAUCGCCCACACCAUGACAGCCCAAAGGAGCUCUGCCCGCAUCGAGGGGCUCAAGACGGGCACGCCCUAUGUGGUCCAGGUCCGAGCCCGCACAGUGGCUGGGUACGGCCGCUAUAGCAGCCCCGCCGACUUCAGCACCAACCUAAAAAGUGACCCCGAGAAGUCUCUUCAGGAGCAGCUGCCCCUUAUUGUUGGUUCUGCCACCGCAAGUCUAGUCUUCAUUAUCGCUGUCGUCGUCAUUGCCAUCGUCUGCCUCAGGAAGCAGAGGAAUGGCUCCGAGUCAGAGUACACAGAGAAACUGCAGCAGUACAUCACACCUGGAAUGAAGGUCUAUAUUGACCCCUUCACCUACGAGGACCCCAAUGAGGCCAUCCGCGAGUUUGCCAAGGAGAUCGACAUCUCCUGCGUGAAGAUCGAGGAAGUCAUUGGCGCAGGAGAGUUUGGGGAGGUGUGUCGCGGGCGUUGCAAGCUACCCGGCCGACGUGAGAUCAUUGUGGCUAUCAAGACACUCAAGGUGGGCUACACUGACCGGCAGAGGCGGGACUUCCUGAGUGAAGCAAGCAUCAUGGGACAGUUCGACCACCCCAACAUCAUUCGACUGGAGGGCGUGGUCACCAAGAGCCGGCCAGUCAUGAUCGUCACAGAGUUUAUGGAGAACGGGGCGCUAGACUCUUUCUUGAGGCUCAACGACGGGCAGUUCACAGUGAUCCAGCUUGUGGGGAUGCUGCGUGGCAUCGCGGCGGGCAUGAAGUAUCUGUCUGAUAUGAACUACGUCCACCGGGACCUGGCUGCACGCAACAUCCUGGUCAACAGCAACCUGGUGUGUAAGGUGUCUGACUUCGGCCUGUCGCGCUUCCUCGAAGAUGACGCCACGGACCCCACCUACACCAGCUCACUGGGAGGCAAGAUUCCUAUUCGCUGGAGCCCCGAAGCCAUCGCCUACAGGAAGUUCACCUCGGCCAGUGAUGUGUGGAGCUACGGCAUCGUCAUGUGGGAAGUGAUGUCGUACGGAGAGCGGCCAUAUUGGGACAUGAGCAACCAGGACGUGAUAAACGCCGUGGAGCAGGACUACCGGCUGCCCCCGCCCAUGGACUGCCCCACAGCACUGCACCAGCUCAUGCUCGACUGCUGGGUCAAGGAAAGGAACCUCCGGCCUAAAUUCUCCCAGAUCGUUGCAACGCUGGACAAGCUCAUCCGCAACGCCGCCAGCCUCAAGGUGGUCACCAGCAGCACGCAAUCUUCUGGGGCAUCGCAGCCUCUGCUCGACCGAUGCGUCCCUGACUACACCACCUUCACCACCGUGGGAGACUGGCUGGAUGCCAUCAAGAUGAGCCGCUAUCGCGACAACUUCCUCAAUGCCGGCUUUGCCUCCUUCGAUCUCGUGGCCCAGAUGACAGCAGAAGACCUUCUUCGGAUAGGAGUGACAUUGGCCGGCCACCAGAAGAAGAUUCUAGGCAGCAUUCAGGACAUGAGACUACAGAUGAACCAAACACUGCCUGUCCAGGUCUGAGAUGGACCAACAGACAGACAGAAUGGGGAGGAACUGUGCCAGAGAGAGAGCCAAUAGGAAACCCUAGCUGCCUGACCAUCUCUGCCAAUCAGACGAGAACAAAACUGGCUUGCAGUGCCUCGAACUUGUGUUUAUCUUAUUUUUCUUCCACGCCAACGUUUUAUGUGUGUUAAUGUGUUCCACAUUAUUAGUCCAAUGUUUUUCCAUUCGAUAAGACUUUAAACAGGAUUAUUUUGUAAAAAACAAAUGUCUAUAGACAAGACAGAGAACCCAUAACCCAUGCGUGCCUCACUUGUUUCAGUGUGGGGUGAUGUUUGCAUGCGUGCGUGUGUGUUUGUGAGGUUGGCCAGGACUUAAACCCUCCCCUCCCACCUCUUGUAUCCUGAACUUAGUCUUCCUCCUGUGAAAAUCUAUCUCCUUGAACCUUGACCCUACCCCAACAUCUGUCGAAAGCCCCCUGACGAACAUUACAGUUGUAAAAGGAUGAACACGGAGUAUAAAGUGUUUCAAAAAGCAGGAAACGUGAACGAGCGUUUGCACACAAAAAAAAGUGUUUGGACACCAAGAUGAUAAAUGAAAACGAUAGAAAUUGUUUUCUUGUUGGUGUGUGUGUUAUUCCCCAUCUUCAUAUUGAAGGUGUAUUAUUAUGUACAAGGGCACAUGCCUAAGAAGGACGUGGAGGAAGAGGGCAAAUCAGAGGGUCACAGAGGUCAAAUGAGAGCUGCUGGAGCUGGCCACAUUAGUUUGGCUUAACCAGGUAUGGAACCAACCUUUUUUUUAAACCUGGGGGAACUCACACUCAGGAUGUUCUCAAAGUUUGGGACCAUUGGUUCAUUUUGUGUCAUCAAUUGUGUUUUUCUUACCAUAAGAAUUGCUGUUAAUUUGUUUACAUCAGCCUUCCAUUUAUGUUUUUCUGUUCCAUCACUUUGGGGAGAUUUGUGUUUCAAGAUGGCUGGUCAGAGCUAAGUACUCCUGUUGGACGCUUUGUGUGAUGGGGGAGGGAGGAGCUUGGCGAGGACUGUGGCAACUCAAUACAAAGACCGACCAGCCUUUUGUGUGUGCUUGUGUUUGUGCGUGAGUAUGUAUGUGUGUUUGUGUGUAUGCGAAUGUAUGAGUGUAACAAAAUACUGUACAAUACAGCUUCAGCUACAUCACCACCAUGGAGAAUUAACGCAUGAACUGAACAGUGACAAGAAGCAACAAUUAUAUCGGAAACAAUUACACUAUAUUCUGUGGACAACUGUUGACAUUUUUUUUAUUGAAUUCCAAACAUUUGGAAAUAUAUAUGCAUCGUACAAAAACUAAGGGCAACCACGAAAGACACCGUAACUUUCUUUUUACUAAUACCUGGAUAAAUAAUGUAUCUAAAACUUUAGCUAAAUUUCUAUACUUCCACCCAGUGUAUUUAUUUUUCUCCCCACUUGGACAAGAGGCCAUUCGAACUGUGGACUUAUUCUAAAGAACAAUCAAGAGGAAACGAAAAGACCCAAGAGGAUUCGGCAAAAUAUUGAUUAUUAUAAAAAUGUGCAUAUAAAAUUGGAUAAUGUAUUUUUGUUGUUGUUCUAAACAGCCUGUAAUGUUUUGUAACAAAAAAUAAGAUAAAUAACAUGAAAACAAAAUGCUAUUUGAGAAACUGGGAAAGUGUUGUUGUGAGAUGUCGUUUGAUUCUGAGUGAAAUGAGCAGAUAGCGAGGGAUUGAAGACGAAUAGAAUGAGAGAGAGAAUGUGAGGAAGGGAAAGGUAGAGAGAAGUUAGGGACAGCUGCAAUGAUUUUAGCAUUUCAAGGGGUAAACGGUGGUUAGACCAUGAGGGGUAUACACUCUGCACCAACAACCUCCCUCUCCUUUCAAGUGUAUGUUUCCGUGUGUUAGUGGGUAUAUUGAGCUUGUGUUUCAGGUCAAAUUGUAUUGGUGACCGCCAAGACUGGAUUUUUAGCUGUACCAUUCCUUCUCUCAAUCAUCUGUAAAGAAGAUUAUACUGUGUAGCCAUGUGAACUUGUCAGUAGUUGUCUUCCAUGCACCUUUAUCCAAAUGAAACUUCCUGACACAGUUGACACACCCAAUGGUCGAUGGAGAUUUUAUUGAAAAGUGUGUUUGUACAUCUCGAUAUUGUCCGUUACCCCCACUGUAGAGCUCUGUGACAGAGACCAUUCUUAAACCGAUGGAUCUGUGGAGCUCCGUCAAGGGGCUCAGCGUGUGUGCACCUCCGUGAUUGGGCCCUAGUCCACUUUUUUCAGAGAAGUGGCCCCUUGGACCCGGUUUGUCAGACUAAUUAAUGCAGUGGCCAAUCUGCUGCUCCGAGGGAUACAUUCACAGUCCAGCGCAGACAUACGGAUGGACGGCCUAUGAUUAUCUGUAUUUAUUUCCCGUUCAGGCUGCAAUCAUUCUGUCUAGGCUCUGCGGCUCUGCCUGAUUAGUACAGUGCGGGGACCAACAACCUUGGCCUGCAGACAGGCAGCAAUCUGGAGCGCUCAUUGUAAAUGAUAGCAGCUGCAUCCCCUAGGACCGUACCAUCAGUGUUAUAGUAGGAGGGGAGAGGGGAUGGGGGCUGAGGGAUGGGAUGAACCACCUGUAUUAGGCAGGGUGGUACUUGCAGUGCUGGUCCCCACAGAUUCUUUUCCAGACAGUUUCUGUUGUCUACCGUGCAUCAAGUCUUGCCAUAUUACUCUUUUAGACUUUCUUUUGAAACCUCUGAAGCAUCAAGGAUAUUAUGCAAAAAUGUGUUCCUUAUUUUGAUUUCAUUUAAAAUAGUGGCAUUUCCAGUUCAACGAGUCCCAUGUAAGGGCUUACUAACCCGAAAAAGUUGCACUGUACGAUAAUGACAGUGAUAACAACAAUAAUGCUCUCAAAGUGAGGUGAGGUAGAAAUUCUACAUCAGCUAGGACAUUGACUUAAUAGAACUCGGAUGAUGAAUGUGAACAAUGGAGAAGGCUGAAUACAAUCAAAUGUUUGACAUGCCCAUUCAUGAAAAAUGGCAGCUCAGCGCUAGGUUGAACUAUUGAUUUGUUGCACAUGCUUGUGCUAGGUCUUGGUUUUGCUUUGGGGGAAAAAAAAGCUGAAUGAGUGAUGAGCUCUGAUGCUGCAGCUACAUAUCUUAAAAUGAUUAAAUGCUUUGCACAUCAACUCUGAACAUAUUGUUGGAACAAAUAGAUUUUUCACACUGUAGGGAGAUGUUCCUAACAGAUGUUUCAUACUUAGGACCUUGAAUUGUCAAGAGUUGACGAUUGUUCAUCAUUCUGUGUUUUUGUAAUCAUAUCUUACAGACCAGUAUCUCUGCUUAGCGCUGACAUGUGAAUGGAGUGUGUGUGUGUGUGUGUGUGUGUGUGUGUGUGUGUGGAUAUAGGUGAUAGUAUGGUAAUUUUCUACUGAACCAAUCCAAUCCGCACACUAUACAUUUAUGGUAGACACAGUAUCUCUCUCUGUGCCAAUCACCCCAUCUCUCUGAAAGUAUACGGAGUUAACACUCGCCUCACAUUCCUCUACCUACCCCCUAAUCCUUCCACACGCCACCCCAUCUAACCCCACGACUUUUAACCCCUAACAUUUUCCGGUAGAAUAUUUUUCAGAAAUGUUUUUCUUCAUCUGUCUCUGUUUUAUAUAAAUAUAUAUACAAAAAUUAAACAAACUCACUUAAUAUGCCUGUCUUCUCUUCACUUUCCAAAUACAUAUCGAAAAAAGUGAGAUGUUUACAAGUGUUGUAUAUGUAUAGUGAGAGGAAAAGGAAGAAACCUUUGAGAUUUUCAGUUAUUUUGUUCCUCUUUGAAAGCAUUGAGAUAUAUUUAAUGAUGGUGCAGACAAAACAACAAAUUGAUAAAAAAAAAUGCAUUCUUGUAGAAAUAUUUUUAAAAUACCCUUUUGCAAUUAAAUUAUUUACCAGUCUGA